GUUAUUGCUUAUCUUAUAAUCGUAAAUAACAAAUUAGUAAAGUGACCAAAACCACUACGGCUCUGUGAUAAUACUUGUUUACGGUACUUGAUGUAACGCUCUUCAGUGUCACAUUGUUUUGUUGAAAUCAGACACAUGGCCGCGACCAUUAGAUAAGUGUACCUAGCAAGUACUGUGUUUCCGUGUGUGAUAGUGUCGCGGGCGCUACAGCUACAGCUGGUGCAGCUCGACCUCCGGCGACCAUCAAGCAGAGACCCGUCCUAAGCUGUAUUUGCUAGUUUUGUUCGUAUGUUUGGGACCACUCAGCUACAGCCAGUGUACACAAGUGGAAGCGGGCAAUCGACUAGCGAUGAUGGCGAUAGCAACACACGCAAUCAAACGGUGAACAGCUAAAUGUCAACCACUCAAGGAUACGUGACGGGCAAUGUGAGAGUAGAGCUGUAUGCUGGCGGCGGGCGGGCCAGACAUACAGGUCAUGGGUGGAAUGAGCGGAUGGGCGGAGGGGGCGCACUCGGUGGCGUACGAUGAGGUGCGUGCUGUGGCGGCGGCAGGCGGCGGUGGCGCUGCAGACGGAGCAGCGCGCGCGCGCCGUCGCCAGCGCGCCCUCGUCCAGCCACAGCGACUGCGGGCACGACACAUGUACUCUCUACGUCACCGCCUGCGACCUUCCAUUCGGAUUAACCUUCAACGUUUUCACAAACAUACCUACACUCCAGCACAUGCCAAACGUCGGAUUAUCAUAACUAAAGUUCGAUAAACGUGACUCGUUAUCUG